GCUGUCAGUAGGAAAUGCUCUUCGUGUUGGAUGGAUGCACCCCUGCGGCUGUACCUGGAUAAAUUUAUGACAUAAAUUAAUUUUCAAUUCAGAAUGUAAAAUUCUUACUUAAUCGGUCGCUUUUAUUUGAUUGGGGUGACCGCAGUAUUUCGGCAUAUCUAUUUGAGACUUUUAGCUAGCUGAAACGGGACACUAACAGCCUCAAUGCUACUAGCUAGAUCAGGCUAAAAUAAGCUAAGUUAGCAGGACAUUUGCUCUUCUUACUGCUCAGUCCGUUUAGCGGUUCCUAUCCUGGUCUAGCGUUUUCGCAUUUUGUUUAAACGGAGUAGUUUUGCAGAACCGGAGCUGUGGCGGGGAAAGGUGACUACAGGAACCUCCUGGCUAUCCAGGCGGACGGACCGCAGUGACACGCCGGUUGUUGUAAUUAGAUUGGAACCAUGGCUCAGCUGUUCACCUUAUCUCCUUCACCACCUCCACUGGGUGACCCCAGUGCAGCUCCAUCUGUUGCUCCGUCCGUGUUACCUGCUUCCAGCUGCCCCGAGUCUGUUAAGGAGAGGCCGGUACCCAAGUCUUCCCUUUACACUGACAAAGCUUUGACUGCAAGCACUUCUUCAGCACUUUCAGGAGGUUCAUCCUUGACUGCUCACCCUCCUAAAAGUAGCACAAAACUCACUGCAGACCCCGCUCUACCAUCAUUGACACCAGAAGCUGCUCCUAAGACAGAGGAGCCAGUAGGGAAUCAACAAGAGACCUGUGACCAAAAUGUUGUUGACCUCUCUAAUACUGAGACUGGUUCUUCAGAAGUGGCAGCUCAGACAAAAGUCCCAGAUGAAUCAUUAUCUCCUGAUUUAAAUCCUGGUCCUAAUCUGUACCCAAACGUCCAUGUUCCCUCUAACUCAAACCCUGUUGUGGACGUUGCUCGGCCACAAACGAGUUCGGAUUUCAACCCUACACCUGCUCCUCCAGAAGCAACAUCAUCAACUGAUGAGGAGAAACCUCAGCCACCAGAACAAGCACAAAAACCCCAGAAUUAUCCUCCUCCUCAACCCCCAAAGCCUGAUCCUAUCAACGAAGCAAUGAAGGAAGAUCUACCUACUACACCUACCAGUGCAGCACCGCCUAGUCCAACUGUGCCUGUGAUCCACGAGCCAGCUGCCCCACUACCUAAUCGAAAACCGGCCCCUGACACCCUAAGCUAUCUGGACUCAGCCAGCCUGAUGUCAGGAACACUGGAGUCCCUGUCCGGAUUGGGAGAGGACGGGAGCUCUCUGGGCUCAGACUCAGAGAUCAAUGGCCUAACUAUAAGACGCACUGAUAAAUAUGGAUUCCUGGGUGGGACUCAGUACAGUGAAGGAGGAGAAAAGGAUGUUCAAGUUGAAGUUGCAAGGCAAAGGGAGAUGAAAUGGCUGGAUAUGUUCUGCCACUGGGACAAGUGGGUCAAACAUCGCUUCCAGAAGGUGAAGCUGCGCUGCAGGAAGGGAAUCCCGUCUUCCCUCAGGUCUAAAGCCUGGCAGUUACUAUCUGACAGCCGAGAGCUGCUAGAGGCAAACCCAGGAAAAUUUGAGGAGCUGGAGAGAGAACCAGGUGAGCCUAAAUGGCUGGACAUCAUAGAGAAAGAUCUUCACCGACAGUUCCCUUUUCACGAGAUGUUUGCUGCACGUGGCGGGCAUGGACAGCAGGAUUUAUACCGUAUCCUGAAGGCCUACACUGUCUACCGGCCUGACGAGGGUUACUGCCAGGCCCAGGCUCCGGUGGCUGCAGUGCUACUCAUGCACAUGCCUGCUGAGCAAGCUUUUUGGUGCCUCGUCCAGAUUUGCGACAAGUAUCUUCCUGGGUAUUACAGCGCCGGGCUGGAAGCGAUUCAGCUGGAUGGUGAGAUAUUUUUCUCUCUCCUGCGCCGUACGUGUCCAAUGGCCUACCGCCAUCUUAAGAAAUUCAAGAUUGAUCCAAUCCUCUACAUGACCGAGUGGUUCAUGUGCAUAUUCUCACGCACCUUACCAUGGUCCUCUGUUCUGCGUGUCUGGGACAUGUUUUUCUGUGAAGGAGUGAAGAUAGUAUUUCGUGUGGGCUUGGUGCUGCUGAAGCAGAUGCUCGGCUCUGUAGAUAAGCUUCGGGAACUGCAGGGCAUGUACGAGACCAUGGAGCGCCUCAGAAACAUCUCACCUGACACUAUCCGAGAGGACAUACUGGUGCAGGAGGUCAUAAUGCUCCCAGUGACCGAGGCGCUCAUUGAGAAGGAGUGCAGCAUCCAGGUGAGGAAAUGGAGAGAGUCCAGAGGGGAGCUGACCCACCAGGCGGGCCGGCGGCUCCACGGUACAAGAGCCAUCUAUGAGUACAAGCGACGGGCUUCUGCCAUCAGCUCAGGUGGCAGCUUCUCUUUCCUCGGAAGCUCAGUUCCACCCCCAGGACCACUGCGGGCGUCUUCCAGCCUCCUCUCACUCCCUGGCUUCCGGAGAUCUAGGGCUCCUUUCCAAUCCCAGCCUAAAAAAGGCUCCUUCUCUGGGCCUUCAGGGAUGGAAGGUUUUCCUCCCCGCUCCCCUCCUCCUGCUGUGUCAAGUCACAAACCACCUAUUCCCCCAGGAGCGAGUCAGAAGGCAUCGGCGCUACAUGUCCAGAGCCCUUUGGUUGGAGGUUCAAUUGAAUCAUCGCACAGGUCAGCUCAAACUGCAGAGGGCACCUCAGUACAAAGCCAACCGGCUCCUCCAGCGCCCACACAAAGCACACCUCCGCCUAACACUCUGUCUCCCUCCCCUAAGAUCGUCUCAGAGCAGAUCACUCCUACCAUCCCCUCUCCUACGGCAAACAAUGUCCCUCUGCAACCGGAGCCACCAAAGGAAGGAACUCUAUCGGCGUCCGGAGAGGAAGAAGGAAAGACGAAAAGCAAGAAAAGCAAAGAAGACAAGAAAAAGGAAAAGGAAGAUGAGAAGAAAAAGAUGAAAGAGAAGAAGGAGAAAGAGAAGGCUGAAAAGGAGAGGGCCAAGAAGGAAAAGGAGAGGCUUGAAAAGGAGAAAAAGAAAGGGGGGAAGAAAAAGGACAAAGGGGGUGGAGAGGCAGAAGAGAAGAACGGAGCUGCUGCAGCGAAAGAUUCAACCUAGUUUUUUCACCCCAUCAUUCCAGGAUACUGAAAAAAGGG